CCCACCCCGUCCCCCAUUAUCCCAGGCCUUUCAGGAUGAUAUGGAUAUGAAGCCGGAUUUGCGAUCGGAUACAUUGGACACGAGGGAGGACUGCGAGCUAAAGGACCCGACCAACGGCUAUUACAAUGUGAGGGGGCAGGAGGAGCGUUUGCCGUCACGGACUCUGCUAUACCCGGAGUACGGGCCUUCGGGGGGUCCGCGGUACGAGGGGAGGCCACACUCCAGGCUCUCGCACGCCAGCGGCUAUGGGACAGCGGGGGGCGCCGCUGGGCUCCUGGCCUCGUGUUACGGCCGCCUGCCCGAGUACGGGGCGGAGGCGGCGGGUGAAGCGGGCAGCCAGCUCUCGUUCGACGCCUACAGCUACCCACCGUGCGCCGGCCUGGCCACCUACAGCCGGCCGGCCAACCUGGAGCGGCUGUUCGACCCUGCCGGCAUCGCCCCCAAGUUCUCCGGCAACUCCCGCUUCUCCUACUCUUCGUCCCAGCAGUCGGAACAUGGGAGGCCCUAUCAGCAGCGCAUGCAGACCCACGUGUGACCAACCCCCACCCCCCACACCACCCCCACCCGACUCCCCCCCAACCACUCCCUUCGGCGCCGCACCCACAGACCACCUGACGUGCGCGCACUCUGGCACCACCCAUCGGGGACAAUUUAGCAAAGGGAGGUGACGGUAGCACAGCACGGUCUCGUGGCAGUGUCAGCUCGGGCUGAGUCGGGGGUGGAGCGGGGGCACUGCCUCACACCGCUGGCUGCAUAUUUACCACCCUGCACCCCCCCACCCCAAAGGUGACUAGGCCGUAUGCUGCCUCCAGCUCCCUUCAAACUGGCACCAAUUGGUCCCAAGAGGAGAACAGGACUGGGGGCUGGGAGCAGCCAAUCAGUGCACAGCUUCGGCAGCUCGCCCGUGCACUCACCCCCACCCCCCACCUCCUCCACUUCCUUCCCCACCACCCACCUCCCCCCAUCUCCUCCCCAUCCCCACCUAAUGCUCCCCCUCCCAAUCCUCCCCCUCCCCUCUGAAUCUCUGACCCCCUCCUAAUCGUCCCCUCCCCCACCUAAUCCUCCAGUCCCCCUCCUAAUACUUCCCACUCCUAAUUCUCCCCCUCCUCUCCUAAUACUUCCCCUCCCCUUCCUCAUCCUCCCCCCUCCCCUCCAAACCCUCCGCCGCUCCCCUCUAAAUCCCUGUCCCCCUCCUAAUCCACACCUCCCCCACCUAAUCCUCCCCCUCCCCCCCCCUCCUAAUCCCCGCUGCCCUGCUCAUCCUCCUCCCCCUGCCCUUCUUAAUCUUACCCCCUCCUCUCGAGUUCCCUACACUUCUUAAUUUGCACAGUUUCCAAUCCCCCGCUCCCAUCCCGAAAUCCCACCCUCCUCCCCUCCAAUCGCGCACACUGCCGCUGACCUUCCAAUAGCACCCCCACCACCCUCCAAUUUGAAAGCCUGCCUCCCCACGUUGACGUGAGCCUGAGAAUGUCUGGCUCACACCUGGUGCGCCUCGGACUACUCUGCUCCUUUUAGUGGGCGUGCCGUUCGAGCAGCCCUCUCAAAUUUCCUGCUUGUCCAUGCCCCGUUGCACCUGUCUGUAUAUAUUUUUAUCUGGUCUGGUAUUUUAUAUAAACAUUGUAUAUAUUUAUAUAAAGAUCUAUA